AUGACCGCAUUAGACGCAGUGUACUGCAGGUACAAGUUUGACGAUUGCAUCUCACUACAACACCACUGCCGCUGCACCUACCUCGUGCAGGCUCUGUAUGAGUACGAAGAGUUUAGAAUGUCAUAUUUCACGGACAUGCUUUCCCCGGAUGUUGGACCGCGGAAUGACAGCCGCCCAGCGGACACGCAGAUAUCUCGUCGUACCUCUGUAUGCAAGCACCACGAUGAGUUCAUCGAGCCGCGGCAACACGAUAACGAGGAACAAUGGCACGGCUUGAUCGGAUUUGAAUCGUCCAAAGAGCACAGUCGAGCUGAGAAUCGCCCAGCACACAUCGAGGCACAGUGUACAGAGUGCGCACCAGAGGUGAAAGAUGGGGACGACAAAAACCAAACGGCGCUACCACAAAGAACACCAGACUCGUAUCGAGCAGGUACAUCGUCCCCUUACGCGGGCGGGACAGGCAUAACACCGCGAGGUGAAUUUCACGACGUGCUGGAGAGGCCCAAAUGUUCCCGCCCUCGAGACACAGCCGCCAAGCCUAACCCGCGCGUCUUCGAAGAGAAAGAUCAAGCUCCUCGCCGUGGAGUACAAGCAAAAACGACAUCGUACCGUAGCAAGUGGCUAGCGAUCCCAACGAGACGGGUUUGGGACACGGCGCGUCACACCACGGGUAGAGUUGAAUCAGGAGUCCAUCGGCGAAGCAUGUUUCCCUUGUCUAGAUACGAGGACAAACUGAUUCAGUCGAAAGCAGACGGCGGCAUAAUCCCACAAAGCAGGAGACGUUCCCUACCGUCUAGCUUGUGUUGGGAGGUACAAACAGAAGAAGGCAAGGAUACCGGGGACGCCUUCAGAGCAAGUGCUGGAAUCCAUUUUGCCGACAGUGCCCAUUGUCUCACUCUCGCGCGCACAACGAACAGCGAAGAGAACAGGUUUCAGGUAGCUGCCACGAACUCAAGUCUUACAUCCGAUCCACGGCUCGCUAAGCAGCAAAGUCUCUCCAAUGUGGCCGACUUGAUGGAGAAGAACAGCGACAGUACCCUCUCCAGUCGCGCAGCGGACGCAGAAUGCCGUCGUACUGCUGAUACCCUAGCUCCGUUUGCGGGAGAGUCUGCGCUAAUCGAACAACUGAUUGCCGAUUAUACCUCACUCUACGACAGUCCCUUCGAUCCGGAUGUUGUGGACAUGCGGUACGAGCGACCACGAGCUGUUCCUGCCGUCCCCAAGAGAGAUUCGCUGGAUUCUACAAAGCAGCGAGACAGCAUCUCAACAAGAGCUAUAACCAACUCCAAGCCGGUUUCGAGGAACUUCCGAAAACUUCGUUUGGAUAUUCAGCGCUCUACUCGAUCCACUUGCAAGGCACAACAACACCAGGAGAGUCCAGACUGGGCCUGCCGAACAUCCCUGGCCAUCGAAGCUGGAACGAUUUCGAUGGACAAUGUAUACAUGCAUAGACGGGAUUCGACACCGAGACACAUACUGGACGCUAUGCGUAGCCCAGUCAAAAUCUGUCUACCAGACGGUAGGAGAGUGCAGAGCUUCGGACCAGGAGGGAGAGAGGCGGUCUACCCAGCGCCUUCAAGUAAGCACAGCCUGGCCCAUCCUGCGGCCAGUAGGCAUUCGGAAGGCGCCUUGCAGUUUGUGCGAGGAGCAAAUGCCGCUCGUUUCAUGGGAAAACUUGAGGGAAUGGAUGUCGCAAUCGGGAGAGAGCCGCUGACAUAUCACUGUAUGCAGGUGGCUUCACCAGUAGACUUGAACAAGAGCCUGCCUGCCUUGCCUCUGCACGUGUACGGGCAGCAGGGCAAGAAAUAG